AUGUCUACACGACCGGACUCUGCGGCUACGCGCCCUCGUUCGCGCCGCUCUCUUGCCCAUGUCCCGCGAUCUAAGAUGACGUCUGGCUUGGAUAAGGAGAAUGCGACGACGGACAUCGGAGCAAUGGCACCGUCUGGGUCCAACACCAGAGCUUCUGCCAAGGAUAAGAAGUCCCGAAGCAAGAGCUUAGGACCUGGAGGACUCGAUGCGCUGCAGCAUUCUAAUGGAAAUCGUCGCAAGUCAACCGCCUCAUUUCCUCUCAAAUCAAUUCUCAAACCUACAGUCCCCGUGUCCCCAGUGCGAAACAUUCCAUCAUUCGAAGAGACACGCCGGCGCACCCCGGCUCGGGAUACAUCAAGUCAGAAGGCCAAUGUCGUCGGCAAUGAUCAAGGAAAAGAGGGGCUUCUGAUCGACUUUGCAACACCACCCCAGCCCGCUCAUACAGGGGAAGGAAAUGUCGAUAACCCAUUCGACACCUUUAAUGCGACAUCUGCCAUUCGCGACGAGAUGGCUGCAACCAAAGAACGUGACGAGAAGGAGCGCCGGGAGCGGGAACGCCAAACGAUUUUAGAGAAGCGAGAAGCCCGCCGAAAGUCCAUGGCAAAUCGUCGUGUCUCCUUCGCCCCCGAAGCCACACUGCACACCUGGAACGUUGUCGAGAUACCCGAUGAUGCAACCUCGUCAUCUGCGUCAAACUCUACUCGACGGGCCUCAUCACUUACGAAUCACCAGGACCAACAGCCCGCACCUACCCCGGCAAAGGAGGCCCCUUCGUCGCCAGAUGAUGCCGAGUCGGACUUUGGAUUCUCCCCCGUUCGUGAGCAAGACUUGCAGCAGAUGAGGGAUCGCUCGGUAUCAGAAGGCACAGAUGAUAGCCAUGCAGACCUUUCCUCUAGCCCCUUCAGUGGAAGCUCAGCUGUGAGCGAAGAUACUGGCGUUCACAGUGUGGAGGAAGAGGAUGGAACUUCCUCCGCAUCCGAGGACGGAUUUGAUGCCGAGAGCACUGCCAUGAGCAUGGAUGAUCUGACAGCCCGUUCUUCUGCUACCGUGCAGUCAGAUAUUUCCUCUAGCUCCAGCUCCAGCGCUAGACUCAACGACGCACUCCGCCAGGCUGCGAAGGAAGCUGGCACCCAAGCAAUUGACGACACUGGUGAGGUUUCAAUGGAAAUAGCGGACCAAGAAAUCACCGGCGCAUUUCAGCCCUGGAUCAAGAAGGGCCAAAGACAAAGCUUCGACUGGGAUGACCUUAGUGCUCGACAUGAUCAAGAAAAUGUCGAGCCCGCCAAGGCCUCCUCGGCGCCAGACUUCCCCGGUUCGGAUGAUAUGGAUGAGGACGAGGAGCUGAGUAUGGAUGUGACUAAUGUCGUUGGAGGGAUUUUGGGCAGAGCAACUGGACGCCGCCAGAGUGCUGUCAGUCGCAAGUCCCUCGGCCAAGAAACUAACUAUGGUGAUCAGACCAUGGAGAUGACUGGCAUGGUCGGUGGUAUUGCUGCCGCAGAAUCUCCUGCUAGGACCUUUGACGAAGGCAAUGAAGAUGAAGAGAUGACUAUGGAGUUCACAUCAGUCGUUGGUGGAGUGUUGAAUAAGGCCCAACCGCCUCAACAAGCUGCGGACAUCAGCAUGGAACAAGCGGGCUCCUACACUCCCAAGUCGGACCGCAUGUCUGUCGAGGAGGAUGAUAACUCCGACGAGGGCAUGGAAAUGGACAUGACUAGUGCUGUCGGUGGUAUCUUGCCACCGGGUUUGGAGACCCCAGAUAAAGCUCAGGCCAAGAGGAUCAUGGAGCUUGAAACAGAGUCCGGCCAGCUGGGAAGCUCGCCCUUCCAAGACAGUGUCCAACAGUCUCCUCAAAAGUCUCCUGCAAAAUCACCUCUUGCAUUACACGUCGCUACUGUUGCCUCGGAGAAUGGCAGCCCCAGCCUGACGAGUGUCCCGCCUAGACGGCUAUCACGACGUAGCUCCGUUCUAGGAGCAUCAAGAACUCUAGAAUUGGACCCUCAACCGCAGUCGCCAUUGAAGAGGCCAACCACGCCUCCGAAACAGCUGACGCCUCAACCCCGAGCUACAACGCCCAGCAAAACUCCUCCGUCUGCCAAUGUCACCUUCCGCAGUGCCUCCCCUAAGAAGCUCUUCAAGCCCGAGCUUAAACAGUCGGCCGAGAAGCAGAAAUCGUCUCGUCUGAGCAUCUUUGAGCAGGACCUUUCCACUGGUCAGUCAACACCUCGGAUUGUUCUCCAACCUCGCGAGGGACGUCGCUCUUCUGGCGUGGGAAUUGACAAGGAAGGUCUUGGAUCGCCUCGCGUUGCGGCUCUCCUGGAUAAACGACUCACAUUGGGUGAAAACACGCCGCAAUUCGUUCCUCAAGAGCGGCCUCAUGUUGGUGGUGUACGUUUUGAAGACCCAUUGAAGUUGCAGGCUGAAGAGGAGCGGGAGCGCGAGGAGGAGGAGCCUCGAGAAGAUGGUCAAAUUCCUUUCCUUAAUCCUACGAAUCGGGAUCCCACCACGAGCUUGAAAGAUCUGAUCUCACGCAUGAGUCCGAAGAAGGGCAAGAUCGGUAGUCGCAAGAGUCUCCAUGUCGGUGCUGCUCGCGGUAUUCUAGGCAAGCGUCCUGCUGAACUCGACUUGGACGAUGAAGAGGCAGAGAACUCGCCAAAGAGACUGCGUGGUCAUACUGUCAGCCCAGUCAAGGGUGUUCGGCUACCGGCUCCAAGCCAUGAUAGCACAAGCCGCCGAUCCCCGAUGCGUAGAGCUCGCAGCUCCUCCCCACUGAAGGGUAGUACCACCCCUACGCAAGAGCGUACAAGCGUUUCCACCAACGGAACAACGCUCUUGAAGAGGAGUCUCGAUGCUCUGCAUCUUGCUUCUGAUCCUCAGCAGCCGGAGGAGGAAGAGGUAGUGGCUACUGUCGAGGAUCAAGUUGAGGAUGUUGAGCCGAUCGAACUUCAGGAUUUCCUUAAAAUGACCAAUAUCCACUUCAUGGAGCUCACCACAACAAAGAGGCGUCACACUACCGCGCCUGGCAGCGCUUCCAAGAGGCUGAGUCGGGCGUCUUCGGAGCAUGUUGCUAAGCCAGGCGUGAUCACUUUUGACGACUGUGUGACCGCUGGCUUCUGCACGGUACCUAUGCUAGAGUUGUAUCAACACUCUUGCCGUGAACUGAAGUCAUACAUCUCCGAAGGCCGCCAGGUGAUUCGUUCCAUUGAAGCUGAAACAUACGAGGAAAACCCUCCUCUCUUCCGCGAAUAUGUGACAGCCCCGCCGGAAAUUCGGGUCAUAAUGGACAACCAGUUCCGAAACGCGAAGACCCAUGCACGCCUGCUCAGCAAAGCCACGUGGUAUGAGUGGCGCAUGAAGCUUCUCGAAGGCCUGAAGGAGGGUCUCCACCGGCAUGUGGCGGAUAUGAAGGCAGAUGAUGAGCUGCUAUCUAAACGCGAGGAGCUCCUGGGCAACGUGGUGCCUCCUCUGGUAGAGAAGCACGUGUCUCUUGAGCAAGAGGCAGCCAAUUUGCAGCAACUAGUCGAAGAAAUGGAGAACUGCGACCAGGAAGAGCUGCGCGGUGCACGUAAAAAGCUUUCUAGCGUCGAGGACGAGAUCGAAGCUAGGAAACGCGAGCUUGGACAACUGCAAGCGGAGGUGCUGGAGAAGACUAACAUCAUUGAAGCUGGAAGCGAGCUGCGCGAUGAGUUCCUUGCACAGAUUCAGGAGGCGGAACGUGUCAAGGAAGAGUGUCGCGGAUGGAGCGCUCGAGAUAUUCGUGAGCUCAAGUCUUCCGUCCAGAAGAUCGAGCACCAGACCGGUUGGUCAAUCAAGUCAGCGUCGACUCCAGCGGAGGAAUCCGUCAGCCCGAUGUUGACCAUGACAUACCGUGACCAGCUGCAAAUCAAGUUCCACCCUGGUGCAUUCACUACGAAGAACUCGGCCGCCGAGAAGACCAAUCUUUCUCUGGAGUUGACUUCUAUCAAGGGCAAAUCGAUUUCUCUCAUCGCGUCUCUAGUCUUGCAAUCAUUGCAGCAGCAUCUCGCCUCGAUUCAGCAGUCCAAGAUCACGCCGAAGCAGCUGCUACGCUUCAUCUCAAGCGCAUGGGACCGCACGACCGGCCUCGAGAACGAGGCUCGUAUGCUCGAGUUCUGCGGUCUUACCCGCCUGACUCUCUCAGAUCCUAGUGACGCUUCGCUGUCCCUGCGUGCUCGUUGCACCAUCCUCGGCAAUGCAGCUCCGUCAUCUACGCCCGGCCAUAAAGGCGCCGCGGCGAAAAACAACGGUGCAAAGCGGAUCGACGUUGACUUUAUCGUUCGCACGCGUAUCGAUACUGAAGUCAAGGACAUGGAACAGAUCGGGUCCCUUGACUUUGACAUUGAUGUCAUCGCCACGAAGGUCUAUGGCUUCGGCACUGGUAACAAGUCAGGCCUCUCGGGCAAGGAGAUGCAGAAUAUCCUGGGCAAUGGGAUGGUCCGGGAUGAAGGACAGACUCUUGGGAAUGGGGUCUGGUGUAAGGCUGUGCAGACGCUUACUGGAUCGGUGUUUUAA